AUUAUCUUGCGCCCAGCCGCGCGUGACUUGUGUUCAGCCGGAUGCUAAGGGCAAGCGUUGGCUGUUGAUCCCCGAGGAUCUAUCGGGACUUGAUACUGCGUGAAGUGGAAGCCAGCGACGGUAGCGACGCCCACCGGCAUCAUGGCGGCGCAAUCAACCCUACGAGGCUCGGCGGCCGAGGAGGCCAUCGCGUCCUUCAUCAACAAAUACACUGAGCUUAUUCGCUCCAAAUUGAGGACGACGACCAGGACGACACGUCUUCUCGCGACCCUUGCACUUGCGACAUCCAUCAUAUUAUCUGGCGAGGGUACGCGGAGAUGGUGGAGGCGCCGACGUGAGGAUAGGGAGCAAGGCCGGAAGUUGGUGCGCACCAACUCAUGGUUGCACAACAAGGACGGAUCGAGGACUAUCUACGUACCCUACAAGGACGGCACUUCCAAGGUCGUUAUCCAUAGUACGAAGCCGCUCACCUUUGAGGCCCAUAGACGUCUGUUCCUGAAUCCCCCAAGGGUCUCAGGCCUCGGCGACGGUCACGUCCCUUCGGCUCAGACGAAACCCGGCCUUAAUCUUGCCUUCCUCCAUCAAUUCCUCAGUCUGAUGAGCAUUAUGGUUCCUCGAUGGAAGAGCAAAGAGGCCGGCUUGCUUGUUAGCCACGGAAUCUUCCUCAUGCUCCGUACUUACCUUUCUCUAGUCGUUGCCCGCCUAGAUGGUGAGAUUGUGCGUGAUCUGGUGGCUGGGAAUGGCAAGCAGUUCCUCUUGGGUAUUGUCAAGUGGUGUGGACUGGGCGGUUUUGCUUCCUAUGUCAACGCUACCAUCAAAUACCUCGAGUCUAAGGUGUCGAUUGCUUUCCGAACACGUCUUACCCGGUACAUCCACGACUUGUAUCUGAACGAUAACCUUAACUAUUACAAACUGUCGAACCUGGAUGGUGGGGUCGGACAGGGAGCGGAUCAGUUCAUCACUCAGGAUCUGACUCUGUUUUGUGCUGCUGCCGCUAACCUUUACUCCUCUCUUGGAAAGCCAUUUGUCGAUAUUUGCGUGUUCAACUACCAACUUUACCGCUCGCUCGGCCCACUGGCUCUCACUGGUCUCCUGAGCAACUACUUCUUGACGGCCAGCAUCCUGCGUCGACUCUCGCCACCUUUCGGCAAACUCAAGGCAGUGGAAGGACGGAAGGAAGGUGACUUUAGAGGACUUCAUGCACGCCUAAUCGCAAACGCGGAGGAAAUCGCUUUCUAUGGCGGCGCCGAGAUGGAGAAGACAUUCCUGAACAGGGAAUUCAAGUCUCUCAAGAACUGGAUGGAGGGUAUCUACAUGCUCAAGAUCAGAUACAACAUCCUCGAAGACUUCAUCCUCAAAUACAGCUGGAGCGCUUACGGCUAUCUCCUCUCUUCCCUUCCUGUCUUCCUGCCAGCCUGGGGAGGUCUUGGAGGGGCAAGCGAGCAACAGGCAGAGCACGCCGAGAAGGGCGGCCGCGAACGCACCCGCAUGAAGGACUUCAUUACCAACAAGCGUCUCAUGCUCUCGCUUGCCGAUGCUGGUGGUCGUAUGAUGUACUCCAUCAAAGAUCUUUCAGAGUUGGCCGGUUACACCAGUCGCGUGUAUACACUGAUUUCCACUCUUCACAGAGCCCACGCGAAUGCAUACUACGUCAGAGGUCGCGAAAACGAACUCUACUCAUUGUCAGACGUACAGGGUACCAUUCAGAAGGGCUUUGACGGUGUCCGCCUGGAGAACGUGCCCAUUGUUGCUCCUGCGCUGUGGCCACAGGGAGGCGAGGAGCUUCUCGAAUCUCUUUCCAUGGUUGUUCGGCGUGGCGAGCAUCUCCUGAUAUCUGGGCCUAACGGCGUGGGUAAGAGUGCGAUUGCGCGAGUCAUCGCUGGGCUUUGGCCAGUGUAUAGGGGUCUUGUGAGUCGACCCAAGAACAACGGCGAAGAUGGCAUCAUGUUCCUCCCACAACGGCCAUACCUUAGCAUUGGUACGCUCCGUGAUCAGGUCAUCUAUCCCGACGGCGAGGCCGACAUGCGCGAGAAGCGCAAGAACGAGUACGACUUGAAGCGCGCCCUGGACCAAGCCCGUCUUGGAUAUUUGCCUGAACGUGAAGGUGGCUGGGACACCCGCAAGGAGUGGAAGGACGUUCUGAGUGGCGGUGAAAAGCAGAGGCUUGCUAUUGCGCGCUUGCUGUACCACGAGCCACAGUAUGCCUUCAUCGAUGAAGGCACGAGCGCAGUUUCCAGCGAUGUCGAGGGACUGCUCUACGAGACUUGCAAGGAAAAGGGAAUCACUUUGAUCACUAUUUCUACUCGAGCUUCUCUCAAGAAGUACCACAUGUACAAUCUCGUUCUCGGCAUGGGUGAGCGAGGCGAUGAGUGGGAGCUGCAGCGCAUCGGUACCGAGAGCGAGAAGAUGCAUGUUGAGCGCGAACUGCACGAUCUUCGCGAACGUCUUGCGCAGGUCGAGAAGUGGAAGGCACGCCGUGAGGAGAUCGAGAAGGAGCUCAACAAGGUAUGGGUUGAGGGUGGCGAGAAUCUUGCCCCGCCCCCUUAUGCCGAGCAGGAGGGACAGGCCACACAGAGAGAGUCCGAACACAGUCUUGAGCAACGUUCCAUUGGCGAUUCCACAGUCGAGAUUGUUCGCCCCGAGGAGGAAACCGAUCAAACUGAGUAUGAGGAGGCUACACAGGGCGAGCACACGGAAACGGAGGCGGAGUAUGAGGAUGCGACUGAGACGGAGAACUGAGCGAGAUGGCGGGUACUGGGUGAGUUGAGGACCAACUUCGUGUAUGAAUUAUGACGAUGAUGUUUCCGUUCCCGAGACACCAACUCGAUGACCGUU